AUGGCAACUUGCAUAGGAUACUAUAAUUAUUAUGCACUUCUAAGGGUGAUGUUUCCCACGACAAAGGAAUGUAUUAUCGAAGAUGUUAUUAAAAUGGUGGAAGAAGAAACGCCUGAUGAUGAGUUUGAAUAUAAAGUCGAAAAUAUGGUUAACAUUCUAACCCAAAACCAGCCAUCCUCGUUAGAAAAUAAAGAGGAUCUGUAUAAAAAAUUAAAGUCCAUUUAUGACUGUGUUGAAGAUGAUUAUUUGCGGGAAUUUGUUAAUUCGAAAACGGCUGAUUUUGAUAUCGAAGAAGCUAUAGAGGAGUUGAAUUUACGUGAUUUACCUCUACAUCAAGUUGAUUCCACAAUAAUAAAGCAGCAAUUGAAAAUCGCGUUACCAAAAGCAGAUCCCACUUACCUGGAAAAGGAAGCGGAAAAAUUGUGCACUUUAUCACCAAGAGAAAUGGACUCAUUUUUGCAGAACGCUGUCGAAAAAAACGACUAUCCAACUAUGCAUGAUUACAUUAAGCGUGAAAGAAUCAACUCUGAAGUGGCUCAAUAUACAGAUAAUUUCGACGUUAACGAGUUUUUGAAACUCGUACCGAACCCUCAGGAGACGUUCGGGAAUCCCAAGAGAAAACUUUGUUUGAAUGAAAAUUCCGACGAAAAUGACAACCAAUACGCUUUGAACUUUUUGUACAAUAAAUACAGAUUCGUAAGAAAGAAAAUUAUCGAUACACUGUUUAAAGUAGAACGCAAGAACUUGGUUACAAUAUGCAAAAAAUUAGACAAAGCACCGAAAUUCAUGAAGAGGCCCAGGGUGAUUGAAGAACCUUCUGUUACCUCAAACAAUAUCCCUCUUGUACAAUUGGUAACUUAUUUAAAGCAUAUUGACUAUAUCGGAAGAGAACUCGACUUGAAACAAAAAACCAAGGAAGAAGCUCGAAAAUACAACCUACUAGAAAUGUGUAAAUGUUGUUAUAACGAAGAAUUAACUCCAGAAGAGUGCUAUUUGUGCACAAACGGUUGCAUUUUCUGCAAGGAAUGCGUAGUAAACAGCGUUAAAUUUAGCUUCGCUAAGGGAUUCAUCAAAUUCGAUUGUAUGUCAGAUUGCGACGGGGAAAUCAGCCUGCACACAGUAUCUUUGGCUUUACCGAGGGACACUUUAAACACAAUCGCUUUGAAAAUAGCCACCGAGGAAAUCACCAAGGCCAAUAUCGAUGGCACGGCUGUAUGCCCUUUUUGCGGGCUGGCUCAGCCGACUGUUAAAGAAGAAACAAUAAUCAAAUGCAUUAACGUCGAUUGUCUAAUGGAGUCUUGCAAACAGUGCGGUCACGAAUCGCAUUUACCGAUGAAGUGCAACGAAAUUGAAUACGAUGAGGAUGUUCAAAGAAGAACAUUUAUCGAAAACAAAAUGACCGAUGCUCUGGCCAGAUCUUGCCACAACUGCAAGAGGCGGUUCAUUAAGUCUUCGGGUUGUAAUAAAAUGACGUGCAUUUGCGGAGCACGUACUUGUUAUAUUUGCGAUAAGCCAGUUUAUGAUUACAGGCAUUUUGGAGAUGGCAGAUGUCCUCUAUUCACUAACGAUGUUGUUGUGGAUUUACAAAGAGUUGUGAAUGGGGCCAAUCAAGCGAAAACCGAAUUGGGCAACGUAGAGUUGAAGUUCGAUCCUUCUCAAGGAAUUGAAAAUUAUUUUCCACGAUAA